GUAAUUUCCCAGCGUACGACGCACGGCCUCGAGAUCGAAGUAUAACGAACGCUGAUGAGUGCUGCCCAAACUCGCGGGAUCACGACUAUUCCCUCCAUUUCCUUGAAUACCACCCAGCUUUAUCUUUCACUUCAACGUUAUAUUCCCUCUCACUUGAUUACCCAGUCCUUGCACACCAUCCUUCGCGGCACUCCCCCUCGCGCUCGCUCGCGCCAUCAGCAAGUUUGUAUGCAGCGUGCACCAUUCCGCCGUCCGUAUUACGAGCUCACUAAAUCAUCGGGUAUGUUUGCUCCAUGCCACCAUCCCGCUUUGAAACGAAUUACAACGUCCGACGAGGACUGCAGUCUAAUACGCCAUCCUGCGACUUUGGCUCAGGAUAUCUCUCCGAGACCUCGGCGCGGCUGUUAAGUCUUGCCUCUUCGCUCUCUACACGGACCAACGACCAUCUCCCGAUUCUCACGUUUGGUAGAGUCCUCCGUAGCUUCCCUCUACCUUCGUGAUUCUGUCGUUCAGCCGAGACAGCUCACUUCUUAGACUUGAUACUCGUAGAGCUGCUGUUUAAUAGUUGUAGUAGUAGUCA